AUGAUGAUGAUGGCCUCCUGUAGGAAAGGUCUGCAGGUGUGUUUACUCCUCCUGAUGGUGGGACGACUACAGGGCAGGGUCACAGCACCAGAGCGUCUGGAAGCUCCAGUGGAGAAGUCCUUCACUCUCACUUGCACUGUCUCGAGGGAACGAGGUGAGUCUCUGAAGCAGGUGCGUUGGCUGGAUGUCCAAAACCAAACCCUGCUGAGUUACCAACCCAACAACAAAGACAGUGUGAGCGGACAGCAGUAUGUGGAGCUCGCCCCCUCCCCGAAAGACUCCUCGGCUAUCACCAUCCGCAGGGUGGGUUUCCGUGACGAAGGCUGCUACACCUGCAUCUUUGACAUGCAUCCUUCUGGUUCAAAGCAGGGACAGACGUGUCUCACUGUUACCUCUCAAAUCACCUCUGAAAGCAACAAGACAGCGGUCAGUGGCAAGAAGGCCUCCCUAUCGUGCUCCUACGGUUUGCCAGAGAAGGUUCAACAGGUCAUCUGGAAGCACACGUCUGCACAAGGAGACUCCACAGAGGUGGCCUCCUUUGCAAAGCGAAGCGACCCCAUGAUAGAGCCAUCGUUCCAGGGAAGAGUCUGGCUGAGUUCCUCCCUGUCAGAUAGUCAGCUCACCAUCCAGCCUGUCACUAUCCAGGACGAGGGAUGCUACACCUGCCUGUACAACACACAUCUGGACGGGCCCAAGACUUCCACAGUUUGCCUCGCCACCUAUGUGCUGCCCAAACCUCAGGUGAGCUACAAGACCACCUCUCCCGGUGUGAUCGAAGCCAACUGCACCUCGGUGUCGCGGCCCCCAGCAGAGAUAGUGUGGAACGUGGAGAGGGAUAACCGCACCAUGGGCCCCCCUGUGACGACACAGCUCCCACAGGGCGAUGGGACCACUCUGGUCAUCAGUACGCUGACUGUCCGAUCAGGGCUGCUGAAAGAUGUGUCCAUCAAAUGCUUGGUGCACCACAAAGGGCUCGAGUCACCGAUUGCUGUAUCCAUGAACACUAAAAUUGGGACGGCACUCACCAUCUUGAUCUCUGUCACUACGGUGGCUGCCCUGUUGGUCAUGUCCCUCUGCUUCUGCCUUUGGAAGUGUUUCUUGCGCAAAGAAGCUGAUUAAUCUUUCAGAUGAGACCAGAGGCUGAAAAGAGACUAGAUGUGUCCCAUCUUGGUACAAAGGGAAGAUGUUCUGACACUCAUCUAUAGGAUGACAAAUACAAUCCCAUUUAUGAACGCCAACUGUACAACGACAUUUAUCUCUUCUUUCUCUUGCUCCUGACUCUUAUAUAACCUCGAAGCUGUCCUGACAUGAAGUCAAUAAGGAAACAUUUUCUCUCCAGCUCUUUAACUGAUUGAGUCGAUGGUCACACUCUCUACAACACACUGCAGACUCACUGUAUGGCAAAUUAAAGUCAAAUAUUGUCCUUUAAAUACUUCCCUCUGUUUUUCUCCGUCUUUGACCUAGUCCUGAAAGGAUAAGUCUGGAGAUAUUAUAUUCUUCUUAUUCAACAAAUCCCAUGAAAAGACUAAAACCAACAAUGAACUGAUUCUAGUAACAACCAUUGUCUGUAUAGCCACCGUCUGAUAUAGCAUGGCCCUGCAUUGUUGUCUGAAAACUGUUUACAAAAACUCAUUUUGAGCUACUUGACGCACCGGUGACUAUAACAUGGGCACUGUCAUUUAUUAUACGACUGAAAUAGUCCCCAACAACUGUCCUGUUGACCUAAGUUUCAUUAAUAAUUGCUAAAAACUACAGUGCACAACUGUUUAGACUCACAUCUUAGUCACAGUAAUUCCCCAGCCAAACCAGUAUUGUGGAGGACACUUUUUUCUGUAUUUUUUUUUUUCAAUAGGUAAAAUAAAAGAAUAUGUUGAGCUUUAUCCUUUAAAUAACAAAGCUAAUUGAAACUCUGUGCUCACCUUUAGGUUUUUACUUCUUGUACCUCAGCCGAAGGCCUCCACGACUUCUGUAUAUUGUUAAAGCUGGGUGAGGUCUUCACUUGUUCAACCAAGAGGGCUGCAUACUUAUGUCUUGUUUGUGUAAUAUCUAUUGCAAACUUUUCUACAUGUUUCAAAGACUGCGUGUGUAUGUGUGUGCUUAUUGGUUAGGGGUUAAAUUCCACAGACAGGAAGCUUGAAUCAAUUCCCUGAGGAAGAAACACUGGAACCCAUUUGGUGCCCCUAAAAGGAAUGCAUGUCUUACUGCCUGUCUACAUCGUAGAGAAAGGAAAGUUCAUGUGUGUGAAGAUGUGAGUGAGAGUAUACUGAUCGGGCUGUGGAGAGUUGGCUUAAGGGUUUGUUAAUGGUUAAAAGCCAAAAUGCUCAUUUGUACGUUGCUCUGGAUCAAAGUGGCAAAAAUAUAAUGAAGCUUUUUGGUUGUAUUAUGUUUGCAUCUGUACAGUGCAAUGUAAGCUUUAUGCUGAAAUAUUCCUGUAUACCAAAGCAUAUGAAUCUGUCAGUUAGGAGCAGAAUGUCAUGCUGGUUACCAGAUUCUAAAGGUAUUGCUUCAAUUGUGGUAUCACAUUCCUCACCAUUAGACGAGACAGCAUUCCUCCGUCAGUAUUGUUUCACUAAAUGCAUACGACACUGAUUAUAAAAUCAGAGCUUACAUUGGAAUAAUUAUGAAAUGUGGUUUCAGAAGAUUUGUUGAAAAUUAAUUGAAAUGUUAGUAUCUGGCCCUGUAGCAGAGCA